ACUUGUAUUUUGCACGAUCACCUUUGUCCUCUCGCUCUCUCUCUCUCUCUCUCUCUCUCUUCCCAUCUCAUUGCGUAUUUUAAUGAGAGCUGCACAUGCUCUUCCUCUGUGACGACCCCUGAUGAAUCCUUCCCCUCUCUUUCCUCUCUUGGAAUACUAUUCUUCAUGCCAUGGAGAGGCAGAGAAGCUUCAUCAUCAAACCCACAAGGCUCUUCCUUCUUUCUCUCACCGUCUCUUUCUCUCUCCUCUUCUCCUUCCUCUUCUCCUCCUGGGUUUUCAAAAUCACACCCUCAGCUAGCUCCAACGAAACCAACCUCCGGUCCUUCUCCGGCUUCAGUGCCAUCAAAGCUCAGACCUUUAUUGCUUUCACCGGCAAUUUCUCUGUCAAUGGGAGAAAAGGUUCGACUUCGAGAGGAACCCAUUUUCUCCAAGCUGCUGAUUCUCCUCGGGAAGCUUUGAGUCCACGUAAUGAGUGGAACGGUGAACUCGAAUCCAGCGAAGUUGAGGAGUUUUCAGAUUUUCCCAGCAAUAUCUCUGUCAGCAAGAGCGAAGAUCCAAUCUUGGGAGGAAACAAUUUUGCCGAAGCUGCUGAUUCCACUGAGAGAGCUCUGGGUUUAAGCGAUGAGCUGAAAGAUGGGAUCUUGGGAUAUGCCCAGGUGAGGACAAGUGUCGAUUCUUAUGGAGAAGUUCUGAGUUCAGUUGGAGAGAAAGAUUCCAUUUUGAAUCAUACCCAUCUCAGGAGAGACCGUAAUUCUUCUGAAAAAGGUCUAGAUUCAGUUGGAGAGGAGAAGACGUUUGAUUCUGAUGUUCCCAAAUUAAGCGAUGAGAAAUUUCAGUCUAUUAAUUUGAUGAGCAAUGUGAGCUCUGCUACUGUCGAGGAGAUCGAAAGGGAAAGUGCAUGUGAUGUUUCUGAGGGAAAGUGGGUGUUUGAUGAGACUUAUCCUCUCUACACAAACAACUCAUGCCCUUUCAUUGAUGAAGGAUUCAGUUGUGAAGCUAAUGGGAGAUUGGACGGAGACUAUAUGAAGUGGAGGUGGCAGCCUCAUCAAUGUAACAUCCCUAGAUUCAGCCCUUUGAAAAUGCUGGAGUUGAUCAGAGGAAAAAGAUUGGUUUUUGUUGGAGAUUCGAUUAACAGGAACCAGUGGGAGUCAAUGUUGUGCAUGUUAAGAGGAGCCAUUUCAGAUCCUAGCAGGGUUUAUGAGGCACGUGGCCGGAGGAUUACCAAAGAGCGGGGAAAUUAUAACUUCAAGUUCAUUGAUUACCAAUGUAGUGUUGAGUACUAUCUGAGUCAUUUCUUGGUUCGUGAGAGCAAAGCUAGAAUCGGGCAAAAACGUAAACAGACACUCAGAAUUGAUGCGAUCGAUCGGAGCUCAUCAAGAUGGAGAGGAGCCGAUAUCUUGGUAUUCAACAGUGCACAUUGGUGGUCACACUACAAAACUAAAGCUGGGUUAAACUACUAUCAGGAAGGAGACUAUGUCCAUUCUCACCUCGAUGCUAACAUUGCUUACAAGAGAGCUUUAGUAACAUGGGCAUCAUGGGUUGACAAAUACAUAAAUCCAACCAAAACCCAAGUCUUCUUCAGAAGCUCAGCACCAUCUCAUUUCAGUGGGGGUGAAUGGAAUGCUGGCGGGCACUGCAGAGAGAGCACUCAACCUCUGAAUUAUACUCACACAAGGAAUGCUCCUGAAAAGAAUCUCAUCGUAGAGGAAGUAGUGAAACAAAUGAGAACUCCUGUUACAGUUCUUAACAUAACCAGCUUGUCUGGGUUUAGGAUUGAUGGUCACCCAUCGGUCUUUGGAAGGAAGCCUGAAAAUGGAAAGCCAUCGCGGAUUGAAGAUUGCAGCCAUUGGUGCCUUCCCGGAGUUCCUGAUACCUGGAAUGAACUGUUGUACUUCUACUUACUCUCUGGGAAGAGAUUGAUUUCUACUGGUUAAGCUCACAAAAGAGUUUGCUAACUUUUCAAUGAAAUUGUAAAUGAUGAUUGUAACGCGUCAAAUAUCAAUUGUAUUUAUGUACAAUUUGAGAUCAUGUACAGAGUAAGAUCAUUGCAUGAAAUUUUUAUUCUUUUUUUUGA